GUUACCACCUUCGCACGCUCUCCUUCACAAGACCAUCGGCACUUCAGAGUCAUGAUGUUCGACAUGGAGUACCUUUCCAAGAGCAAAGCUCCCAGCAGCCCAAAACCCUCGGGCACAGCCAAGCGACCUGUGCUCGGACGAAAGAGGGAUACCGCGAAGACUUCCAAGGUGGUGAAUCUGGAGGAGUUCUGCGCACGUGUGGUGGUGGAUGAUCUUAUCCAGGGAGCGCUGAAGGACGAUGCGCGGAAUGCGGCAGAGGAUCUCUUCUUUGAUGAGGAUGAGUUCCCGGAGCUGGUGGAGAAGUACGACGACUACGAUGAAGACGACGUGGUGAGCCUGGCAGGUCAAAGCGAUUCCGAUGAGGAGGAGCUUGAGAAUUUUAAUUUGGUGUGCCAGGUCACCAAGCGUGCUGUGAAGGGAGCCAUGCAGGAUGACUUCCAUGGUAUUGACUUUGGCAAGGCCGUUGAGGAUGCCUCAAGGGAUGCCUCAACGGCGGAUUCGACGGAUGGCUUUUGCGAGGUCGUGGACCUCAGCGAUGAGGAAGUCGAUUCUGAAGGGGACGCUGUGCCGCAGACUGAUAUUGCACCCGAAGCAGCGCCAGUCAAAGAGUCGGUGGCCACGAGUCCUCCAAAAUUCCACAUGUUGCCGUCCGUGGGUACCUGGAUGGUGCCAUCCUUCCGUGCACCAGUGACUCCAGUCCCAGCGGCACCCGAAGCAGCACCAGUCAAAGAGUCGGUGGCCACGAGUCCUCCAAAAUUCCACAUGUUGCCGUCCGUGGGUACCUGGAUGGUGCCAUCCUUCCGUGCACCAGUCACUCCAGUCCCAGCGUUAAAGGAUGUCAAAGGCAAGAACCGUGACACUUUUGACAUCAGGGCUCUGGUCUUUUCUUCCAAGGCACCCGAAGCAGCACCAGUCAAAGAGUCAGUGGCCACGAGUCCUCCAAAAUUCCACAUGUUGCCGUCCGUGGGUACCUGGAUGGUGCCAUCCUUCCGUGCACCAGUCACUCCAGUGCCAGUUGCACCGCCAGCGCCAAGCGUGGAGAGUUCUUCGGCGAUGCGGAAGAGCAGCAGCGUCACCAAGAUGAAGCGUCGCAUCAUCGGUGCCACGGUGCCGGCCGUUGCUCGUGCUCCGGCGGAAUCGUUGCCCGUGGAUCCGGCCCCACCCAGCGGAAGCCGGGCGGGGAUCAAUUGGUUCUUGGCCGGCUCGGUGGCGAAUGGCUUGCGUUCGCAGAAGGAGGUCAUGACGUUCAACAUGGCGGAAGACGACCAAGUUGAGGAGCUGCGGUAUCGUUUGAUCCAAAACGCUCCAGCUUUUUGGGAGAAGCGCCCCGGCCUGGCCCGAAAGAGUAGCAUUACGGCCAUGUUCGAGGUGUCCGUGCUGGAAACUUUCGGGGGGCCCUGGGAGCCUGGGAGCCCAGCCUGUUUCAUCACCGUGCCCGGCGUGCCCGAGUUUGACCCACCGGAGACCCACUGGACGAACCGACCACGGCUGAUGAAUGACGUGUCACCCGACCGCGCGCCUUGGCGACAUGGCCGUCUUGGCGUCCAACAGCACACUGAGACUGGCCUCAUGCGCGAUCGUUUGUACGGGCUGCCCUUCACCCUCAAAGCGCUGGCGCAAAGCGGUGGCGCGGAUCUGUGCACAGAAGGCAGUCUUGCAUGCCUUAGAGCCAGAACCGGCUUGGAGAGAGUGGCGGCCCUAUGUCGCCCUGUUGGUCAGCGGCUUCUUCUUCUCUCCCAUCUCGCAGGCCAUCCUCGUGACGAGUGUGGAUGUGACCCGCCUGAGUGUCGCACGCAAGCCCCAGAUCCUGAUCGAGCCAUGAAAAAGUUAUAG